CCUUCUAUCACCAUCAUUGCUGCUCCAGAAUUCCCUAACAGAUUUCCACCUAUGGCCACAUCCUUCACCUUUAAAGUUUUGACUUGUUUGUGUGUGGAUGAUAAGAGCCCUAACUUUGGUGACUGAAGCUGGUAAAUAAUGGAGAAGGAACAGUACAACAGCGUGGUCUUCAAUGCUUCAAAAAGAGAGCUUUUUACUACGAACAAUGGCUACAAAUCCAUGCAGAAGAGACUAAAAGCUCAGUGGAAAAUCCAAAGCAUAAAAGAAGAGCUGUCAUUGGAUAAGCUGAAGAGUGUCAAGUUGUGGAUAACUGCAGGUCCAAGGGAGAGGUUCACAGCGUCAGAGAUGGAGGCGCUGAAAGUCUACCUGGAUGGAGGAGGGAAUAUCUUGGUCAUGCUCGGUGAAGGAGGAGAAAUGAAGUAUGACACAAACAUCAAUUUCCUCCUGGAGGACUUCGGAGUAAUGGUCAACAAUGAUGCUGUGGUGAGGAAUGUGUACUACAAAUACUUCCAUCCUAAGGAGGCGCUUGUGUCGAAUGGUGUACUGAACAGGGAGAUCAGUCGUGCUGCUGGAAAAGUGGUCACGGGAAUCAUUGAAGAUGAAAAUGUUGGAAACAAUGCACAGGCGCUCACAUUUGUGUACCCGUACGGUGCCACACUGACCGUGAUGAAGCCGGCCGUGGCUGUUCUUUCAACGGGCUCCGUCUGCUUUCCCCUCAACAGGCCUGUCCUGGCUUUCUAUCAGGGCAAGAAUUCUGGCAAACUGGCUGUCUUGGGUUCCUGCCACAUGUUCAGUGAUCAAUACAUAGACAAAGAGGAGAACAAUAAAAUCAUGGACGUUGUGCUUCAGUGGCUCAUGACCAAUAACAUUCAGCUGAAUCAGAUUGAUGCCGAAGACCCAGAGAUCACAGAUUACACAAUGCUGCCAGACACUGGCUGUUUGUCUGAACAGCUCAGAGUGUGCUUACAAGAAGGAGACGAAAACCCACGGGACUUCACCUCUCUCUUUGAUAUGUCUUUGUUCAAUCUGUCGACUGACACCUUACCCCAAGUCAUCAGUGCUUACAAGCAGCUUAAUGUGAAAGCUGAGCCACUGCAGCUGAUUGCACCGCAGUUUGAAACUCCUCUGCCUCAGCUUCAGCCUGCUGUCUUUCCACCUGCCUUAAAUGAUUUGCCUCCACCCAUGCUGGACCUGUUCGAUCUAGACGAAACAUUCUCGUCGGAGAAAGUGCGACUGGCACAGCUCACCAAUAAGUGUACAGACGAUGACCUUGAAUUCUACGUCCGGAAAUGUGGUGAAAUUCUCGGAGUGACUCCUAAGUUGGAUAAAGAGCAGAGGGAUGCCAAGCACAUCUUGGAACACAUUUUCUUCCAGGUUGUAGAGUUCAAGAAACUAAAUCAGGAACACGAUAUGGAUCCUGAGGCCCGGUUCACUCCGCUGUGAUUGGAUUCAAGAAAUCUGAACAUUCGAUACGUCCCUUUUGAAAUUAGCAGUUUAUGAGCUUAUGAGCACAGUUACAAUGGAGGGACUGCGGUAACCACCUGGUACCACACUUUUCAGAACAUGUACAGCUACAUUUUAUAACUUUGUAUUGUCUUUCAUUGUAAGAAUAUACCAGAGCAAAUAAAGUUCUAUACCCUUUA